GGGUCAAAAGUCUCUGAUGCGCUUCUUCCGCGUUGAGAAAUCCAAAGAAGUCAGAUUAGAACGACAGACGAGUUUCACUUAUAAAUAUUAAUCGGCAGAAAGGAAGCAUCAGGAAAGUGGUGUAAUGUCAGCUGUGGGCCCCCUACUGAGCUGCUGACUGUCAUCUCCAUCUUCAUCUUCAUCAUGUCUGUGGGCGACAACCCUCACCUGCUGCUGGGCAGGAUCCGCUUCCUGAACCGCUGCAUCGAGUGCUUCAAGAGGAGCGAGGCAGUGCCGCAGUGUCUUUGUUUUGUUCCCAGAGAGGUCUGCUACAAGAUCUGCAAGGAUUCAUCCUCCUCUUCCUCCGGACCAUCCACAGGAGGAACUUCAGGAGGAGGCUCCACGGUGGGGAAGACGCUCGUGCCCGUGUUUGACAGCCCACACCAGACCCCAAACAUCAAGAAGCUAUGCAAGUACAACAUAGAGCCAAAGAAAGGGACCUGCAUCCGGACCACAGGGGAGGAGUUCUGCAACAGCCAUGGUCUGUGGGUGAAAAUCAGCAAG